CUGUCGCAAGUUAUUUCGACGAGGACGAGCUUGUCGACAUGAAUGCAGGUGGAAAAUACGGGGCCGCCCUGUCGGCCAUCAAACGGGAGGAUCAGUUUUUAGACUAUGAUUCCCAGUUUGCCUCCUCAUAUCCGACUGAAAACUUUCAAAUUUUAUACAAUUCUGUUCCCAUGGUGACCACCGAUGGAAUGUCAAAUGCCACCCACAAUGGCAUGGUUGCUAUGACACCCUACAGCGGGGACAGCCAACAGACGACGCUGUCAGAAGCCGAUCAGAUCAUCUCACAGAUGAACUCCGUGCAAUCACAGUACCUGCACCUCCUCCAACCUUUGGAAAUCGGUCAGCAGCAGCCACAGCUGCCCAACAGCUUAUAUUCCAUUGACAUUUACGGCUGUUCAAACAACAAUAACAACAGCUGUGUUGUGAGCAAGCUGGAUGGCAAUAUCAUUGACCCUGAGGGCGACAAGCAGAACCCUAUGGGGUACCUGCAGCAGCCGCAGCAUCACCAGGUGACGCAGGGUGUUGCGCAUGACCAGUACGGCUACCCGCACACCUACCCGCAGUACAUGGCUGCCGGCGCCACCCUAGAUGCAUCCUCCGACAGCGGCAUCAGCAACGACCCCGGCCUCUCGCCCAAGAGCAUCGCGCUGGGCCUCAAGGAUCCCGUUGCCUGUGCGGCGGAUGGAUCCUCACCUAAAGAAAAAUCGCUGAAGAGACGAAAGAGUGGCCAGAACCCUGUGUUCAGCAGACAGUAUUCUUCAGGCUCGGACAAGCUGUCGGCGCGAAGUCCCGCCAUUCAAAAGCUAGAAGUGAAUACUUCUGGAUACCGGUACUUCCUGGAGUCUCCUAUCUCAACUACACAGAGGCUGGAUGAAGACAGAGUCACAUACCUCAACAAAAGUCAGUACUACCCACUAACGUUGGAAAACAUAACUCCGGAGCGGGUGCCGAAGGGGGUGAUGUGCAAGUCGAUAAUCAUGCUUGUGUUCCGUGAUGAGAAAUCCAAGGAAGAGGAGAGAAAAGCAUGGCAGUUCUGGCACAGUCGGCAGCACAGCUACAAACAGCGAAUACUCGAUAUUGACACCAAGAACAGUCAAGGUGUUGGCCCAAACAGUAUUAGUGAGCUGGCUUUCAAUGCUGUCAGCGUCAAGUGGAACCCCCGUGAGGGGCCAGUCCGGGUGAACAUAGCUGUGCACUGUCUCAGCACAGACUUCAGCAAUCAAAAGGGUGUCAAGGGAAUCCCCUUGCACGUCCAGAUCGACACACACGAGAUUCUGGACACGCGCAAGGAGCUGCUGCCCGUGCACAGAGGCUACUGUCAGAUUAAAGUUUUCUGUGACAAGGGAGCCGAGAGAAAAACACGAGACGAAGAAAGACGACGAAAUGCAAAGACAGGGAAACCAGAGAAUAAUUUCUCGCGGAGGAAACGAAUGGAAGAGGUUUUCCACUCACCUUGUGAUCGCUCAGAGUUUUACAGCAUGGCUAACCUGUCGUCUGCUCCGGUCUUCUUCAGACCGACUUACCAGACAGGAGAGUUCCAGCAGUGCGAAAGCCCCAAAGAAGUCUCUUGUCAAGAGGAUGAAAAUUCUAGUCACUCCAGCCCCUCCCAAGCCACUGAGCCCAUGGAGGAGCCAAGUCCUGCCAAAACACCUCGACUGACUUCGUGUACAUCCUGCAAUAAGCAUUUGACACCACUCCUGUAUAUCAAGGAAAGCAGUGACAAGGCAUAUCAUGCCAUUCACCUCGAAGUCCCGACCGUCGACGAGCUUCUCAAAGCGAUCGGGCAGAAAUUUAACAAACCAAUGAACAAAGUGACAAAUUUCUAUAAAAGAUCGAAAAAGGGAAUUCUGGUCAGAAUGGACGACAACAUCAUCCGACACUACUCACACGAAGCCGCAUUUCUGUUAGAAAUGAACCCCGUGGGUCCUGAUGAGCAGGUGGAGGUGAUCCUUGUUGAAACUUGUCAGUAAACUGUCGUUCACACUCACACACACGUCUGUGCACCUGCUGCAUGUCUCCAGACUCUUCACUAGCAUCGCCGACUGGUGGUGCAGAUGACCUGUUAGAUGACCUGUGCGGGGCCAGCGCUGUGCCGUGUGCCAGUCCUGCUUUACAUGACGAUAUUAUAAGACAAAUAAUCAUGAUGUGCUCUCUCUCCCCCACAACCGACUGCCUGCCCUCCGCCUUGUUUGGCAUUCAUGUCAUGCAACUACUGCGCACACAUGGACUUUUAGAAAUAAAUGGACACGUGGGGGACACAGAAACUUUUAUUAUUUUAUUAUUUUUACAAAUUUCCGGAUGUGGUGCUGCCGUCGUUCUCUUGUCGUGCGAAAAGACCUGGAAGUCAUCUGUUGAAAAUAAACUAUUAUUUGAGUGAUGUACACUUUUAUCGUUUGUUAUAUUCUUGUAUCUCGAUUUUCACAGAAAAAAAACAUGCAAAAAUUAUGCAUAAUCACAUUUUGUCGUCGAAGCUGUAAAACUUGUUCGCUGUUGCUACUGAUUUAUGUUGUAGUUUUUUUUAAUGUCUGUAAUACAUACAUUUUUCAUGUUGAAACAGAAAUGUGUUAGAAACAGGAACAACAAAUAUGCCUUAGAAGAUAAAUAUUAAUAUGCUGCCUUUAUACAUUGUUUCUUACUCGUGUCUCAGUUUAAAUCAUGUGAUAGAAGGAAGUUAUUUUAUGAGAAAAUGUUACACAAGUUGUGUGUUCUUUAAAAAAAUAUCACACAUUGUUUUGUUGUUAAUCAUCGAUUAUCAUUUGUUAAUUUGUCAAACUUAAUCUUUUUGCUUUGAGUGAAAAAAGCGAAAAGUGUAAUAAUGUUGUAUUUGCCAUGAACGGUUACUAGUGCAGGUGAUGCUUACAUAAUGUGUAAGUCACGUGGUUUGAUGCAGACAAGCAUUCCUGGGUGUCUCUACUUUAUUACUAAUUUAAUGCUGGCCGCAUUAUGUGCACAUAAUGUGUAUAUGUGACACCCUGUGUGUUUAUGUGUAUAUGUGACACAGUCACUUUGUUGUAGUUCAAAGGACUGUUGCAGCUAUGUGCUACAUCUAAAGGGCAUUCUGCAGAAGUGUAUGCCAAGUGCGUAUACUUUAACCUUAUCUUUAUACUUUUUAUACUUCUUUAUCUUAUUAAUCAUGAUCAUACAAAGUUGGCCUAUUCAUGUAAGUGUGGCACAGUCGUUCAGAUUCAGGAAUCUGAAAACAAAGUAAAGCCUCAUCAGAAGGAGGAUGCAACCCUAGGAGUUACAUUUCGUAAUCAAAUGAAAAAUUGGAAAUAUUCCUAAUGGUCAAGCUUUUUGUUGUUUUGAAGCUUCCAGCUCGAAAACAUGCAACUUGCAUGUGCUUUUCAUUCAACCUUAAGGACAAACAACAGACUCAAAGUGUGUAUUUGAGUGUGAGCUUGCAGGUGCUUAUGUUUGUGCGUGUGUAUGUGUGUGUGCACGUGAGUUCGCCGGUGUGUGCAUUCUUAAGAGCAGGUAUUUGCACAUGCAUCAGUAACAAGGAUGCAGUUAGUUGUAAUCGGAAAUGCUGAAAUAUUUUCCCUUACCACAGUGAUUAACCUUUUCACUAGAAAAAUAUUCUUUCAAAUGCUUUUCAGCUGAAAAACAUUCUUCCGCCCAUUUUAACGGAUUUAAUAGUUUUGAUACCGAGAUUGUCGAAAUUCUAUUUUUCACUUUGAGCGUGCUAUGCAAACCUAAAUAUCAGAAUUAUUUCGUGAUGCUUAACACCUAAAGAUUUAUGCAACGUCCAUACUGCUUUACGGUCACCAACAAUAUCAGACUUGACUAAAACUGCUGAGGCGCUCAUGUUGACAAUUUGUGGUAUAUAUUACUGUUUCAUACAUUUUGGCUUUAUCAACACCCGUCCUUCAACAUUUGAUGUUACUAUUUGAUGUGACCGAUUGGUUUGCUGCAGCAUCCUGUGGAGUAACGGUGUGUUAGCACCAAGGAGCCUUAUAUAAUAUAUUCUGUUGAGUAAAAGCCAUUCACUUCUUCAAAUGGCCCUGUGUUGGUGUUCUUUCAAAA